AUGAAAGUAUUUGCAAAAGGGUUGAAUUUUAUGGGGUAAUUGGGAUAAGGUAAUUUUAAAAGUCUAGAACAUUUUGCACUUAUACCUGAUUUAUAAAAUAUGGGAAUAAAAUAAUUAGAAGCUAAUAUGACAUAAUCAUUUGCAUUAUUAUAAGAUGGUUAAUUAUUACAUUGGGGUUGGUAAUUAGAUACAAUGACUGAAAAUAGAACACUUUCAUUUUAUAAGAGAAAUCCUACUCUAUGUAAAUUAUGGCAAGUAUUCAAAUUAAAAUCAAUAUUAGAAAUAUUCUCCUCUUGGUACUAUGUUAUCAAUGAGAGGUGGAAUAGUAUAACCAGUUUUAUUAAAUAAACCUAUUAUUGAUGCUCCAAUCAAAUCAUUUUAAGUUGGAGGUAGUUUUAUUAUAAUACAAAUGAAUGAUGGAGUAUGUUAUGGGAUGGGUGAAAAUUAUAAAGGAUAGUUGGGAAAUGGUGAAUUAAAGUAUUAAUUUUAGUUUAAAUAAUUGUAAUUGCCAACUAAAGAUAAGGUGAUUUAAGUAGGAUGUGGUUAUUAACAUAGUUUGUUAUUGACAGAAGGAGGAGUUGUUUAUGGAUCUGGUAAAAGAAAUCAUUAUUAAUUUACUGAAACAAGAAAGAAUGAUUAAGAUUAAAUAUAUGGUAUUGAUUAAAAAGUUAAUAGUUAUUAUUAGUUGAAUUUACAUAACAUAGAUAAUUGAUGGAUAUUAGAAAUUAAAAGAUUUAAAGAAUUAGUUCUGGUGCUCAUCAUACAAUUUUAUAAGUUUCUGAUAAUAGAAUUUAUGCUUGUGGUUUAAAUAUUUAUGGAUAAUGUGGAAUGAAUAAUGAAAUUGAUAGAAUAAAAGAACCUACAGAAGUAUUUUUAGAUUUAUAACCAAAUGAAUCAAUAUAAUAAAUAGUUUCUGGAUAAGCACAUAAUUUAGUAUUAACUAGCAAUAAUAGAUUAAUAUUUUUUGGUUGUCUAUUGCAUAAUUAGAUGGGAAUCAAAUCUAAAUUUGAUUUUGAAUUUAGUGGUUAAACAGAAAUUAAUUUACCACUUGAACAAGAUGAGAAGAUUGUUAAAAUAUAUGCUAAAUUUGAUAGAUCUGCAGUUAUAACAAGUAAAGGAGAUUGUAUAAUUUGGGGUGGAUAAGAUUUAAGAUAUAUGGAUAUACCAUAUUAUGAAACAUACACUAGAUUAAUACCUGAAUUGGGAUUGGAAAAUGUUAAGAUUUAAGAUAUUGCAUUAGGUUUUAGUCAUAUAAUGGUAUUAACUGAUUGA